CGCGCGGCGGGACUUCGCGCUCUCACGGGCCGGCAACUUUCCCCGCGGCUGCUGUCUCCGAAACGGAUAAGCUGGCAAGAAGUGUGGUGAAACUUCAAACACAGUACAGCCCAGACUCUUUGAUUUCCAGGCAUUUCAUCAGUCUGGAUGUCAGCUGCGAAGGCCUGCCACACAUUUCUGACUGGGCCCAUGUGCUGCCUAUUAAUGAUGUGACUCAUGGCCGGACCGGGAAUGAGCGCUGAACAUCGCCCCUGCUCUGGCUUAGACAGCCUGCCGUCUGGCGUUCACCGUCCUCUGGGUUGUUUUCGCAAGAUCGACCUCCACUCUAGAAUCAGGGUCAGCUUUGUGCCGGUUUAUGUGAUCCGCCCCGGCGCUGACAUGUCAUACUGAGCAGAAUCACAACAAAGUCAGGGGAACCAUCCAGUACCUGUAGAUGAUGACCAGCAGAGUGAACUUGACACCUAUCCCUGGCCCAUAUUCUUUGUUGAUGAUCUAGUAAAAUCUAGUGAUACCGAGACUGUCUGUAGCGGUAGCUGCGAUGGCCGCUGCCUCUCCGGAGAAAAACCAGCCCCUCCUGCAGCUCCAGGAGGUGGACUCCAGUCGAGUUAGAAGUCGUGUCCUCUCCCCCGUCCUCAGCUCCUCCUCUCCCGGUCUGUCCCUCGAAAUCAGCCAGCCCAUCUGCAUCCCCUCCCCUUACACCGACCUCAGCCACGACUUCGCCACCCUACCGUUCUACAGUCCAACUCUCUUCAGUUAUGCUGCUCCCGGCAUUUCAGACUGUCCCCCUGUCCAUCAGCCACUAAGCUCCCCCUUGUUCUGGCCCGGCCAUGGCCACAUGGGGCCACCCAUACCCCUGCACCGCUCCCAGGCCCAAUUCCAGCACGGCCAGCCAAUCCAGAGCCCGUGGGCGGAGUUGACACCACGGGACGGUGUCUUGACAACCAGCAAGGGCGCGAGGAGGCGCUCCCAGGAGAGUGAGGAGGGCGUGGUGUCGUCGGGCGGGAAGGCGGACCUCCACUACUGUGCUGUGUGUCAGGACUACGCCUCCGGCUACCACUAUGGGGUCUGGUCAUGCGAGGGGUGUAAGGCCUUCUUCAAGAGGAGCAUCCAAGGGCACAAUGAAUACAUCUGCCCGGCAACCAAUCAGUGCACUAUAGACAAGAACCGCCGUAAGAGCUGCCAGGCAUGUCGCCUUCGCAAGUGCUAUGAAGUUGGCAUGACCAAGUGUGGUAUGCGAAAGGAGCAUGGAAACUACAAGAGCCCCAAGAUGAGGCGCCUGACUCGUCUGUCCUCACAGAGCAGAACCAACGGAUCAAAGGCUGGACCGGCAGAGGGUUUGUUAAACGAGCCGCAGCCGUCUGGACUGACCCCAGAGCAGCUGAUCGAGCGAAUAAUGGAGGCAGAGCCGCCAGAGAUCUACAUCAUGAAGGACAUGAAUGGGCCGCUGACCGAAGCAAACGUCAUGAUGUCGCUCACCAGCUUGGCUGAUAAGGAACUGGUUCACAUGAUCAGCUGGGCCAAGAAGAUUCCAGGGUUUGUCGAGCUCAGUCUCUUGGACCAGGUGCACCUGUUGGAGUGCUGCUGGCUGGAGGUGCUGAUGAUCGGACUGAUGUGGAGGUCAGUGGACCAUCCAGGGAAACUCAUCUUCUCCCCUGACCUCAGCCUGAGCAGAGAAGAGGGGAGCUGUGUCCAGGGCUUCGUGGAGAUCUUUGAUAUGCUCAUAGCUGCCACGUCCAGGGUGAGAGAGCUCAAGCUGCAGAGGGAGGAGUACAUCUGCCUCAAGGCCAUGAUCCUCCUGAACUCCAACAUGUGCCUUAGCUCCACAGAGGGCAGCGAGGAGCUGCAGAGUCGCUCCAAGUUGCUUCGCCUUCUGGACGCUGUGACGGAGGCUCUGGUGUGGGCCAUCGCUAAAACCGGCCUCACCUUCCGCCAGCAGUACACCCGCCUCGCACACCUGCUCAUGCUGCUCUCACACAUCCGUCAUGUCAGUAACAAAGGCAUGGACCACCUCCACUGCAUGAAGAUGAAGAACAUAGUGCCUUUGUACGACCUGCUACUGGAGAUGCUGGAUGCCCACAUCAUGCACAGCUCUCGCUUGCCUUGCCACGCUCCCCAGCGGGAGACCGCAGACCACAGGGAGGCUCCUGCUCGGCCCCUGGGCUCUGGAAACGGCCCCUCAAACCCCUGGAUGCCCAGCAGCACUGGAGGUGGAGGUGAACUGCAGCAGUAACGUGCGAUGAAUUUUCACUGCCUUGUGCAAACCUGGUCCAAGGGACUGAGGAGAUGUUUUACCUCGGACAGUCUACAGAGCGCUGGAUUCUCAAGCUUUGACGCACUGUGCGCUCUUUUUGCCGAGCCUCUGAAAUCUCACGUUAAAGCUCUAGAAGACGGACCAAAUGUGCCCCAUUUUGAAAAGCCAGAGUGGGAUGAUGAACGCAUUUUUUGUCCUAAUAUGAGCGGUAGCACCGCUACUUGCUUAAAUGUUCAUGUCAUGAUACUGUGACGAUUUUCUUGGGCUCAGAGGUGAAUUAUAUACCAGGUAAUGACCUCUUUUUCUGCUGAGGCAAGACGGUGAGUUUCAUUUGCUACUGUAAAUUAAUGACACGAGGCAGCUUUGACAGACACUGAGAUGUUGUUAUUAGAGAAAAUAAAGCUACAGCUACACGAGA